AGAGAGAAUAAUUUGCAAUGAAACAGCAAAAAACAUGAAGGAGAAAGUAAGAGAGAUAGAGAUAGAGAGGAGAGAACCAUUGUGGCGCGGAUGGUCGUGUGGUUUGCUGCCUCAAGAGGAAAACAAAUCGAGGAGAACGUGCAUUGAGAGGUGAGGUCCAGCCAGGAACGGUGCUAGGUGAGUGGCAGAAUGGCUCGAGGACACCAGAAGGCGCAGUCACAGGAGAGGAACAAGGCCAAGCAGGCGGCCCAGAAGAAGACCGGCCACAACGCCAACCAGCAAAAGAAGGCCGCCAUGAAAGCACUCACCUUCCAAUGCUCCAUCUGUAGGAGCAUGAUGCCAGACCCCAAGACGUACCGCCAGCACUAUGAAAACAAACACCCGAACUCUGAACUGCCCGAGGAACUGAAGAAUAUGUGAUGCCGGACACCACCGCCAGCAUCACCACCACCACCACCACCACCACCAUUGCAACCACCACCACCACCACCACCACCACCACCGCUGCCAAUGCUCCCAUCGCCAGCCAUAUCCUGAGAUUCUGCUAAUGAUGUGCGACUUGGCGACUUUUUUUAUUAUUUUUAUUUUAUUUUUUUCCCCCCUCCCCCGUCACUUUGUCAUCCCCCGAUCCCCUGCCCCCUGUUACCUGCUAGUUACCGUUUUCUUCUCGGCUAAAUAUUUUUUCCGAGCGGGUGCUUUUAUAAAUUAGUGAUGGUUGGGUUCGAGUUUUUUCUUUCUUUAUUAUUAUUAUUAUUAUUAUUUUUUUUUUUUUUUUUUAUUAUUAUUAGAUUGAGGUUUCUAUUUAAUUUUUUUCUUUCAUUUUUAUUGCACUGUGGAGUUUGGCACCUUUAAUUUUUUUGAUGGUAUGUAUUUUUAUUACUAUUUGAAUGAAAGUUUGAUGUGUGUUGAUUUAAUUAAGUUUCACCUCUUGUUUUUCUCAAUAUAUAUUUUUUUGAGAUGAUCUGAGUAAAAGUUUGAUUUUUCUACUUUCGGUUUUCUUUUAUAACGACUUGAGCGAAUGUUUCAGUUAUUCUCGCAUUUUUCCGUUGACAGAGCGACUGUUUGUUGUCUUGUUGGGCCGAGCUGAGCCAGGCUUGUCAUUUCAUUAUUACCGAUGAAAAAAAGUAGAAGAGUGAACCUGACAUAACCAAAAAAAUGACCCUGUCUGUUUGAAUUACUGUUACUCUUAUUACCAUCACCUCUGUUGUUGUCAUCAUCAUUGUAUUGCAUUUAUUUCUCAUACAAUAUAUGUCUCAGGGUGAAGAUAAGGUUAUAUAUACAACACACAAUACUUUCUUGCUGAUGAACCCACUGGUGUGAUGUAUUAUGAGAAGAACUUGAGGGAUAUAUACAACACAGUGCUGAUAACUCCAUUUGUUGUAUUCAUUGCAACUCAAACACCAUCAUGGCUUAGAUAAGGGGUUUACAAUGCUAAGAAUCCCAUUAGUAUAUUUUUGAUCAACACUUAAGGUAUAAACAACACAACACAACACAACAUGACAACUCAAACACCAUAGUGACUUGAAGAUAAGGCAUUUAGAAUAUUGGGUUAUUUAUGAUCAACACUUAGGUAUAAACAACACAACACUGCACUGGUAUAUUUAUAUUAUUCAUGACAACUCAAACACUAUAAUGGCAAAGAUAAGGGAUUUGCAACACUGUAUUUCCAGAUAAAAAUUUUCUGAUAUAAAAACUUCAGGUAUAAACCACAAUACACAUCACUGGUAUAUUAUGACUCACAACUCAAACACUGUGUUGAUGAAGAUAAGGGAUUUACAACACUAAUACAUCCAUUGGUAUAUUUAUGAUCAAAAACUUCAGAUAUAAACACUGGUAUAUUUAUGAUUACUUAAACACUUCUGAUAGUAUGAGUCAACACACACACACACACACACACACAAAGAAAAAAAGAAUUAACCAGUCAAUGAAGUUCUCACUAAAAUCAAAUAAUUAUAAUGAUUUUCACCUUCCAAAAAUCUGAAGUGUAUUUAGAUAGUAGUUCCAUUAAUCCAUUCAGAAGGAAAACAGCAUAUUUGUGUCUGUUAUUUGAUAUUUUUUUUCUCGUGUCUAUCAAAUUUCCCUGUUAUUCCAAUUUCUAGGGUGUUAAUGUGGUGCCCUUCAGUGCAUUCGGAAAGGUAACGUGUAAAUUUAUUGGUUAUUCAUUAUUUUUCAUUUAGUGUCAAUGCUUUUAUUACUAUUAUGUUAUUUUGUUAUUUUACUCUAAUUUCAAGGGUAUUGAAACUCUACCCACUAAAUUCAGAAAGGAAACGUGUAAAUUUAUCGGUUAUUCAUCAUUCUUCGUCUAGUGUAUCGAUUUUUUUAUUAUUAUUAUGUUAUUUUGUUAUUUUAUGCUAAUUUCAAGAGUAUUUGAAUUCUCUCCACUAAAUUCUGUAAGGAAAACAUUUAGAUUGAUCAAUUAUUCAUUACUUUCAUUUAGUGUGUCAGUUUAUACUUUUAUUAUUAUCAGCUAUUGUUAUUUUAGUCUAAUUUCAAUGGCAUUCAAACUACCUACAAAAUUUUAGAUGGAAAUAUAUUCAGAUUUAUCAUUUAUUUACAAUUUUCCAUUUUGUAUGUAUUUAUUUUAUUAGCUGUUAAUGUCACUUAUUUUUCUGUGGUGUUCUCGCAGUGCUCGUUGAAUUAAGAGAGGAAAUUCGUGUUGAUUCAGCAGUUAUUGUUUUUUUUUUUUUUUUUUUUACGUUUGUUUACUUUCCUUUUAUUUUUCUUUCAUUGUGAUUGUCUGUGAUAGGGAUUUGUUCUUUAUAUCUCCUUUUAUUCCUUCCCUCUUUCUUCUUUCUGUUCUUCCUUACUUAUUUUUGUCUUUUUUAUCUUCUUUUCUCCUUUCUUUCUGGUUCCAAAUAUCUUUUCAUGUUUUUCAUCCAUUCUUGUUUUCUAUCUUCAUUUCCUCCUUACAAAUUCUUACCUUUAUCUCCUCCUCCUCCUCCUCCUGCUAACAACCGAUUCAGUAGUUAGCAGCUGGUCAUUGUGGUGAUAACUUGCAUUAGAGACACCUGCAAACACUCACAAAUUACAGUAGCGAUAUGCGGAGAAACUAACUGAUUAAUUCCUAUUGUUUAUUUUAUUAUUAUUUUAGAGCCCCUGUGUGUGGUGGGGCAGGGCCGAGAAAAUAGUUAAUAUCCUUCCUCCCAUUCCUUUCUUAAAUAAUUUCCCGAUUCUCUUUCAUUAUUCACUGUUUUGAAAUUGGGAAGUCAGUUGGUGGUGGUAAAGUGUAUUUUCUGUAUUUUUAAUGAUUUUUUAGCACCUUUUUAUAUUUUUUAUCAUUUUUUCAUUAGUUUAUUUCACACAUAUUUGCUUCCGGAAGAAAAGAAAACUCAUUGAUAUUAACAUGGUAGUUCGUGUUUACAUUCUUCAUUUUAUUUUGCGCACGGUGGCGUCAGGGAAAGAAAAUAAAUAAGUAAGGUUAAUGUGGUGGUUCUGGUUCCAUUCUUUAGUCAUUCAUUCUACGCGCGACACUUCCGGGAAAGAGAAAAAACAAUAAUACCGGUAAUGUUAGUGGCGGUCUUGGUUACGUGGUGUUUGUCGGGCUCCUAACCAGACCAGACCAAGCCAAGCCAAGCCACUAAGCUCUCGGGAACACUUUUAUGUUUUUACUACUGUCCCUUUACUCUUGUGCUUCUGAAUAGGCUGUAGAGUAUAGCAGAGAAAGACAUUUAAAAAGAAAACUCCUUAACGCUUAUAAAAAAUGUAAAAAAAAAAUAUUGAGCUGGGUAGGCUAGAUGAUUUUGUGUGUAAUGGUGUUUUUUUUUUUGUUUUUCUUCUAUUUUGACUUCUUUUUAUGUUUGUCUCUUGUGCUAUUUCUAUUCCUGAUUUCUCGUUUGUUUCUCUUUCUGUCCUGUCUCCUCUCUUGUUUGUUUUUUUCCCCUCAGUCUUUCCUAUCCUUCCCAUUUCUCUUAUUUUGUUUCUUUUCCUCGUCUUUUCUUCCCUCAUCACUAGUAAGCUUCAUUCUUCUCUUUCCUUUCCUUCCUCCUCUCCUUCAAUCAUCCCUUCAUUCUUUCAUCCUCUCAUGUCCUCCAUCCUUCCUCCUUCCCAUAGACCCACAAAUGUCACGCGUUGCUCGUUUUUAUUUUUGUAAGGCUUUUAUUGCUUUAUUCCCCUUCUCCACACUCUCAACUUCCCUUACUGAACAUUUCAUACAUUCUUCGCAUCUGUGUCACUUCUUACGCCUAGUUUCCGCCUCGUUUCUCUCGUGUGGUCUCCGAUGUUUUUUGACCCUCCUGUCAUAUGAUGUAAUAUAAAUAGAGGAUUGGUCGCUUUGGGCUCAUAUAGUUAAUUAAGCAUAAGCUCUCGCAUUACUGUCUGUAUAGUCUCAUCAAAAACAAAGCCAACCAACCAAACCUGAAGAACGAACAGUCUGUUGAGGUUUUUGCUUCUCUCAUAUCAUUACCAAGUGUCAUCCCAUUACAAGUUAUUAUUAAAAAAGGAAGAAAAAAUAUGAUUAGCUCAAGGUUCCAUUAUAUUUUAUAUACUACCAUGUACGCCAUGGAAUAAAGUGUUACCACAA